AUGGUUACUGUACCAUUGGGAGACUGGUACGAUGCUGUAGCGCUGUCCCAUCACGGGAUGGUUACUGUACCACUGGGAGACUGGUACGAUGCUGUAGCGCUGUCCCAUCACGGGAUGGUUACUGUACCACUGGGAGACUGUUUUGGAGAAGCCUACCUGGUCUCCAACGUGCUGAUCUUCUCCUGCACGAACAUCGUGGGUGUGUGCACCCACUACCCCGCAGAGGGCUCCCAGCGGCAAGCCUUCCAGGAGACCAGGGAGUGCAUCCAAGCAAGACUGCACUCGCAGAGAGAGAACCAGCAACAGGAGCGCCUCCUGCUCUCUGUUCUGCCCCGCCACGUUGCCAUGGAGAUGAAAGCUGACAUUAAUGCCAAACAGGAGGAUAUGAUGUUUCAUAAGAUUUACAUCCAGAAGCAUGACAACGUGAGCAUCCUCUUUGCUGACAUCGAAGGCUUCACCAGCCUGGCUUCACAAUGCACAGCGCAGGAGCUGGUCAUGACUCUCAAUGAGCUGUUUGCGAGGUUCGACAAGCUGGCAGCGGAGAACCACUGUUUACGUAUCAAAAUCCUGGGCGACUGUUAUUACUGUGUGUCUGGACUGCCAGAGGCCCGGGCUGACCAUGCGCACUGCUGUGUGGAGAUGGGAGUGGACAUGAUCGAGGCUAUCUCGCUGGUGCGCGAGGUGACGGGCGUGAAUGUGAACAUGCGCGUUGGCAUUCACAGCGGCCGUGUGCACUGCGGAGUGCUGGGCCUGCGCAAGUGGCAGUUUGAUGUCUGGUCCAACGAUGUCACCCUGGCCAACCAGAUGGAAGCAGGAGGCAAAGCUGGCCGCAUCCACAUAACAAAAGCCACCCUCAACUACCUGACUGGGGAUUAUGAUGUGGAGCCCGGGUUUGGAGGCGAGCGGAAUGCUUACCUAAAGAAAAGCAACAUAGAAACCUACCUCAUUGUGGGCUGCACUGAGAAGCGGAAAGAAGAGAAAGCGACGAUAGCCAAGAUGAACAGACAGCGUACCAACUCCAUUGGACACAACGCUUCCCACUGGUGCUCGGACCGGCCAUUCUACAACCAUCUCGCCACCAACCAGGUCUCUAAGGAGAUGAAAAGGAUGGGAUAUGAAGAUCCCAAGGACAAGAAUUUCAUUUUCAGAAACACACAGGAAAGCAUGAACCCUGAGGACGAGGUGGACGAGUUUCUCGGCCGUGCCAUCGAUGCCAGAAGCAUUGAUCGUUUGCGCUCGGAGCACGUCAAGAAGUUUCUCCUGACAUUCAGGGAGCCAGACCUGGAGAAAAAGUAUUCCAAGCAGGUGGAUGACAGAUUUGGAGCGUACGUGGCCUGUGCUUCUCUCGUCUUCCUUUUCAUCUGCUUCAUACAGAUUGUUAUUGUACCCCGCUCAUCGCUGAUGAUUGGUUACUAUGUGGCCUGUUUCCUUAUCCUUACAGCAGUGAUGUUUGUGUCUGCGAUCUACUCCUGUUUCAGGCUCUUCCCAGCUCCUCUGCAGACCCUCUCCAAGAAGAUCGUUCAGUCCAGGACCAACAGCACGCUGGUCGGGGUCUUCACCAUCCUUCUCGUCUUUCUGUCUGCAUUCGUUAACAUGUUCACAUGCAGCACCAAGGAUAUUCGUACCUGCGUGGCCAAGGAGUUGAACAUGACCCGCAGCAGUGUGAACGCCUGCCAUUUGAGCUCUUCACACUUCAACUACACACUGGACACCAUGGAAGGGUACUGCGGGAGCACCGAGCCCAGCUGCAACUUCCCUGAGUAUUUCUCGUCCGGUGUUUUGCUCAGCCUCCUCGCCUGCUCCGUGUUCCUGCAGAUCAGCAGUAUUGACAAGCUCUUCCUCAUGCUGUUCAUGGAGCUCCUCUACGUGCUCAUUGUAGAGCUGCCGGAAGUGACCCUCUUUGACAAUGCAGACUUGCUGGUCACAGCCAAUGCAAUUGGCCAGUCUAAUGGAACAUGUUCAAUGAACGUGUCCAGGGUAGCUCUGAAGAUCAUGACCCCCAUCGUAAUCACAGUGUUUGUGCUUGCGCUGUAUCUGCACGCCCAGCAGGUGGAGUCCACGGCACGGCUCGACUUUCUCUGGAAACUUCAGGCUACGGAGGAGAAGGAGGAGAUGGAGGAGCUGCAGGCCUACAACAGGAGGCUGCUGCACAACAUCCUGCCCAAGGACGUGGCCGCCCACUUCCUGGCCCGCGAGCGGCGCAAUGACGAGCUGUACUACCAGUCCUGCGAGUGCGUGGCUGUCAUGUUUGCCUCCAUCAGCAACUUCUCUGAGUUCUACGUGGAGCUGGAGGCCAACAAUGAGGGCGUGGAGUGCCUGCGGCUGCUGAACGAGAUCAUUGCUGACUUCGAUGAGAUAAUCAGUGAGGACCAGUUCCGGCAGCUGGAGAAGAUUAAGACCAUCGGCAGCACGUACAUGGCUGCCUCCGGCCUGAACGACUCCACCUACGACAAGCCGGGGAAGACGCACAUCAAAGCGCUGGCUGACUACGCCAUGAGGUUAAUGGACCAGAUGAAGUAUAUUAAUGAGCACUCCUUCAACAACUUCCAGAUGAAGAUAGGUCUCAAUAUCGGCCCGGUCGUGGCUGGGGUCAUUGGUGCAAGGAAGCCUCAGUAUGACAUCUGGGGGAACACAGUGAAUGUAGCCAGUCGCAUGGACAGCACAGGAGUGCCUGAACGGAUACAGGUGACCACAGAUAUGUACCAGGUUCUGAGUGGUUACAACUAUACACUAGAGUGUCGAGGAGUGGUAAAGGUCAAAGGGAAAGGAGAAAUGAUGACCUACUUCCUGAAUGCAGGACCGCCCAGCAGUUAGCAGAACACCUUUUAUUAUUUUUUAUUAUUUUUUAUUAUGAUUUUUUUUAUAUUGUUGAAACCGCUGGCUUGUGGGUCCCAGUAGAAACCUGUCUAAGCAGUGAAGUGCAAGACAAUACAGAUCUAGAGCGACCUGCUGAACAGAACGCCAUGGGCUCUCCCGACGCUGGGAGACACUGGGAGCCAGGCAUGGCAGUAAAGGAAAGGGCCAUUUUCUUUUGGGUGUUGUCAGUGGAGAGGCAGGCCAAGCGAAAGUGACCAAAGAUUUCUUGACAAACUUGUUUCUCAAUGGACCAUGCUGCUGCUGCUGCUGCUGGGAAGAGGGGCACAAAUAAGGCUAUCAAAGUUCCUGCUUUCACAGCACAACCUUUCAUGAUGUGAAGGAAUCGAGUCAGUAUGUAAAGGUUUUCAAAGUGAAUCAUAAAGUCCUCUUCAGGCUCUGGUAAUACUGCACACUGCAGGCGUUACAAGAUACAGACACGCUGGGAUCUGCAGGCUCUGGUAAUGCUGCACACUGCAGACGUUACAAGAUACAGACACGCUGGGAUCUGCAGGCUCUGGUAAUACUGCACACUGCAGGCGUUACAAGAUACAGACACGCUGGGAUCUGCAGGCUCUGGUAAUGCUGCACACCGCAGGCGUUACAAGAUACAGACACGCUGGGAUCUGCAGGCUCUGGUAAUACUGCACACCGCA